AUGGCCGUCACGGUGAAACAUAUGGCUUCGAUUGUAUCGGCGUUCGGGGUCGCAUCUUUCAUUUUGGGGGUUAUUGCAGAAAACAAGAAGCCCGCAGCUGGAACACCGGUACCUAGUAACGAUGGUGUAUCGAUCACGUGCCAGUACCCAUCUGAUCCAACUGUUGUGUUGGGGUUUCUUUCUGUAAUUUUUCUUAUUGCAUCCACCAUGACUGGGUAUAUGUCUUUGAAUUACCCUUACAAAGGAAAGGCUAUUCCACAAGGAGCUCUGUCAAAACACACUACUUUCACGGUAUUCUUCAAUAUUGCAUUGUUUACUACUGGAUUUGCUGGAAUGUUCUUAUUAUGGCCAACAAUCACCGAACAAAUUCAGUUGAAACACAACGUGCAUCGCGAUAUCAACUACGCAUGCCCUACAGCUAAAACUGGUCUCCUUGGUGGUGGUGCCUUUUUAUCUCUUGAUUCAUCUCUGUUUUGGUUGGUUGCACUUAUGCUAGCUGAUAAUGCUCGUGAGGAUUAUUUUGAAGAGCAAGAAGAAAAUAAGGGUGAAUAAGGGUGAAAAUAGGGGUGCUGAGUAGCAAUUCUGUGAAAUAUGAUUGUAAAUAUGUUU